CGGUGUUACAAGCAGAUUGAAAAACUUAGAAAGGUGAAAAUUGUCCACUCGCAUGAGUCAGAUUCACCGGCUGCAAAGUAGGACAUAUAAUUUAAUCCUACAUUAUAAUUAUGAUGGAUGACUUGCGGGUAGAUGGACGUGGGUGCGACGAUUACCGACAUAUGGAGAUUGAAACUGACGUGGUGUCAAACACAAGUGGUUCUGCCAGAGUAAAACUGGGACACACUGACAUUCUAGUAGGAGUGAAAGCAGAAAUGAGCAGACCCAAGCUGGAGAAACCUAAUGAAGGGUGUCUGGAGUUUUUUGUAGACUGUUCUGCAAAUGCAACUCCAGAAUUUGAAGGUCGAGGAGGGGAGGACCUUGGCACAGAGAUUGCUAACACAUUGUACAGAGUCUUCGAUAAUGGCCGCAACAUAGACCUCAAGUCCCUCUGCAUUUGUCCCAUGGAACACUGCUGGACCUUGUAUGUAGAUGUAUUGCUGUUGCAAUGUGAUGGAAACCUUUUUGAUGCAAUCUCAGUUGCAAUCAAGGCUGCGCUUUUUAAUACAAGGAUCCCCAAAGUCCAGAUGAUUGAGGAUGAGGAGGGUACAAAAGAAAUUGAGCUGUCAGAUGACCCGUAUGACUGCAUGAGACUCGACGUAGAAAACGUCCCCUGUAUUGUGACUCUGUGCAAGAUUGGCCACAGGCAUGUCGUUGACGCUACACUUCAAGAAAAGGCUUGCUCCAUGGCAAGUCUGCUUGUUGCAGUGACCAAGAAGGGAACCGUCACCUGUGUCAGAAAGGUUGGAGGAGGCAGUUUGGAUCCGGAAAGCGUAUUUGAAAUGAUAGAGACAGGGAAACGGGUUGGCAAGGCGUUGCACACACCUCUACAGGAGAUCCUGCAGAAAGAGGAGAGCCUGGGGAAGAAACGACACAAAGUUGGCUUCUUGGGAUAAUUUGCACUGGUUAUUUGUGCAGUAAAAGGUCUUUGGUAAUGCUUUUUUUUUUUUUUUUUUUUUUUUUCAAAAGAAGGAUUCCAGUUGGUCUUUUUACUUUAUCCCAGAGCUAUCUAGCUGAUGACUCUUGAGCCGUAUAUGGUAGAAGACAGAAACCAGUACAUUCAAAAUGCAAACACAUUGAUGUGUUUAAACAUCUUUAAUGAGCACAAACAUGCUGUUUAUCUCCCAUUUUUACUCUCUUUGCUACUGUUCACUCAGAUAUUUUGUUUCAUUAAACUUCACUUGUUUAACAAG